AGUCGCUGUCUAACCUCAAGAUAGGGGGUUAUAACAUCGUUCUAUGUAUCGAAAACGCACGUGAAUUUUAUCACCAAAACAAUAUUAGAUCGUAUCUAUUUUAAUUUGACUGACAAUUGUAUCGUUUUUCGUUAUAUUUUUGUUUUGUGUUUGUAAGUGUCUUGUGUGUCGAUUUGUGUUUUUUUAGUACGUUAUAAUGUGACAUUGUUGUUUUUUUGUUGUUUAUUUGUUAAACCAGGAGUUACGAUGUCUAGACGUAAGCAGAGCAAUCCAAAACCGCUAAAAAGCGAUUCGCACGAAAAACCACCGCUAGAAGAACCUGAAUCUGAGAAAGGUGAAGUUGAGGAUUGGCACAGCGAUCCGGCCGAAAAUGCUACUUCUACCAAUCCAUCUUCAAAAUCGCCCUCAUCUAAAACUUCAACCACCGAAGAAACGAUCGACGAGAAUGCAAUAAAACACGAACCGGAUGAGAAAACUCCCCGUAUUCGUUUAAAAGCAAAUUUAGCGACAGAUCCGGCUCUGCAAACUCAACCGUUAACUUUAACGAACCCAAAAAUAGAAUCUGAUUUCUCCAGUAGUUAUUUGACGGUACUUCAACCGGCCAUUCAAAGUGCAUUAGCGUCAAGAAGAUUUUUUCUUCCGAAUAUCAUACCGGAAACGCAAGUCGAAGAAUCUAGACCGUCUACCGUUCCCAUAUUCCAAUGUUCUCCUUGCGGGAUAAGAUUCUCAUCAUUAAGUACUCUAGAAGCACACCAAACUUACUAUUGUUCUCAUCGAACUAAGAAUGUAACGGACGACGAUUCCAAAUCAGUUACCGAUCCGAACGGAAACCAAUCAGAUGCCGAUUUAUCAGAACCGCCUACUAAAAACAUCCGUAGCGGUAAACAAUACACAUGUACUCAUUGUUCGUAUAGUGCCGAUAAAAAAGUUAGUUUGAACCGUCAUAUGAGAAUGCACACUGUAUCUCCUAGUCCUAGUCCGUUAAAUAUCGUAACUACGCCGAAUGGAGAAAGUAGCGGUGUUAGUAAUACGGAUAGAUACUGCGCAGAAUGCGACAUAAAGUUCAGCUCUCAAAAAACAUAUCGUGCCCACAAGAUGCAUUACUGCAACUCGAGGCAUACAAUUAAACCUUCAACAACUGCUACGACAACAACAAAGGCAUCUUCUAGUACAUCAGGAUCGUCACCUACGUCUCCCGUCGAUUCUAGACCGUGCAGAUCACCAUCGUCCCCUUCUUCGCAACAACCGUUUUUAGCUUUACCUACAAACCCCAUUAUAAUUGUGCCAUAUUCCCUAUUUAGAAGUGCUAGUGUAUUUCCAGCUUUGUCCGUACCAUCAGGACUACCAAAUCCGGAUACUCCUUGUUUUCUUCUUCCAAACGGAACUCUACAACCUAUGACGAGCGCUCUAGCCAACCAACAGCAAUCAACUGACGCUAAAUCCAAAGAUCCUCCCGUUAAAGAGCUUCCUUCUUCGGCACCAUUAGAUUUAAGUAUUCGAAAAUCUCCAGACAAUAACGAUCUGAUCGUAGAUUUUAGUGAGGAACAGGAUAGAAUCACUCCAAUUCAAUCUGUCAGUCCGGAAAAAAGUAAAUCGAUACAAUCUUCACAAAACUCACCACCAACGACUCCAGUAUCUCGUUGUGACUCCUCACCUUCGCCUAAAGUUAAAGAUGACGCUUCCAGAAGUGGUAGUCCGAAGAGAUUAAGAUCUGUUUUGAAACCAACACAAGAAAAAUCGAGGACAAGUCCCGAAACGAACAAUUUUCAGUCGUUCGAAGGGAAUCCUUCUUUGCAUCCAUUAUUGAUGAGAGGAUCUCUGCAGCUACUCGCUCCCGACGUACAAAUGAGACUAGAACCUCCAGUCAUGCCUCAAGUUUUAGUGAAACAAGGUGUGUCAAAGUGUAAAGACUGUAAUAUAGUGUUUUGCAAACUCGAAAAUUAUGUUGUACAUAAAAAACAUUAUUGCUCCGCUCGAAAUCAAGACGAAAACUCUUCAAAGUUUUCCGGUAGUCCUCCGGUUAGUCCAGGCAGCUUGGAGGCAACUAGCCCGGCAGGACAAUAUCAGCAAUUGAUUUGUUUAGCUUGCGGAAUCAAAUUCACGUCGUUAGAUAAUCUCAAUGCUCAUCAAGCAUAUUACUGUCUUAAAAGGGGAGAAGUGGAAAUUCGUAAAUGCGGAAAAUGUAAAGGAUUAGCGGAACCUGGACAUCAGUGUAUCCCUCACGGGGUUAAUUUAUCGGGAUGGAAAUGUCCCUGUUGCGACGUCAUCAGUCCUACAGCAAGUGCAGCUCAAAGACAUAUGGAAUCUCAUACAGGAGUGAAGGCUUACAGAUGUACUAUAUGUCGGUAUAAAGGAAAUACUUUGAGGGGGAUGAGGACACAUAUUCGGAUGCAUUUUGAUAAGAGAUCUUCUGAUUUACAGGAAGAGAAGUACAUCUCCUAUAUCCUCGAAGACGAAGGUUCGAAUACUGUAGAAGUGAACGUAACAUCUGCCGAAUCUUCCGAAGAAAAAGUGUCUUCUCCUAUCGCAGAAUCUAACGUUUCAGAAAACCUACACUACUGUCUCCAUUGCUCAUACAAUUCCACUUACAAAGCCAACGUAAUCAGACAUAUGAGAUUAGUCCAUGACGCUCUUAUAACUGAAGAAACAUCGGUAAACGGUCUGUCAGAUAAACACAAAUCCAUGCCAGUACUGGACGACGAAGAGGAAGAAAUCUUAGUGAAAAAGGAAGCUAUAGAACCAGAAGUAAUAAUAGCCCAAAGUGAUGAGCCUCUGAUAAAAGAAGAAGCGGCUAUAAAAAAUGUAAAAAGUAAAUCGAAUGACGAAGAGGAUCAUGUCCAGGAAGCGGCUAGGUCGGGUGCUAGAUAUUGUAAAUCAUGUGACAUUUAUUUUAAUUAUUAUUCGACGUUCGUGGCGCACAAAAAGUUUUACUGUUCGAGUCACGCAGGUGAAAUAUCAAACGCAGCUUCGAAUAAUAUAAACAACAAUAAUAACACUUCGGCAAGUCGUACUGCCGAAGCAUCUGUGCUUUAAGAUAGCUGCUUAGGGUAUUUCCUUAGAUUUCAAUUUUUCAUUGAUAUACGAGACAGAUUAGAAACGGAAUUAUUUUUUUUAUUGUUGCUUUUCAAUUCAUUUCAACUCACACUCCGCAAUUUAAUAGUCCAGUCAAAUUGACUUGGAAAAAGAUGAUUUUCGAAUAAUGUGGAUACUUGAAACUGAAAUUUUUUGUUAAAAUUAUUGAUAUUUGGUUGGUGCGGUUUCAAAACUAUUAAAAAAAAAAAAGAAAAAUCUUAUCUACACUGCGAAAAAUAUUGAAAAUAUAAAAUAUGAUAGUUUUUGGAGGUUAUAAAGAACAAUAACACCCUGUAGAUUUUAUUAUUGCCAUAUAUUAUACAAAUAUAAAUUUAAUAUAAAGAUUAUUAGUUUUGAUAAAUCUUCAAGUCAAAUAUAGUUGCGACACAAAUUUUCUUGUACUAUAACAUAAAGAAAAGAUUGAAAAGAAGGUAAAAACUGAAUUUUUUUAAUUAAAUUGAGGAUAAAUGGAUAAAUAUUUGAUUGAAAUUAAUUAGUAGUGCUUUCAAAUUAUAAAAAAAAAGAAAUCGUAACUACAAUGAGAAAAAGAUUAAAGAUAUAAAAUAUGGCAGUUUUUAGAAAUAAUAGAGAACAUGUUUUUUUGUUCAUUAUGUAUAAAGUAACAAAUAAAGGUCAGAACUUUUUUUAAAAGGUCAAAAUACCAGUGUUCCCAACUAAAAAAUUCAUCUCCCGAAAGCACCUAUCAAAAGCCCCUAAAAUCCCCAUAAUUUCUAUGGAUUCCUCAUAAAAAAACUUUUUUUUAUAAAAUAAAUAAUUGAAUAUUUUUAAGUGAAUAAAACAUUAAAAAUAUCAUUAAACAAAUAAUAAAUUCGAACAAUAGAUAAAUAAUUUCAUUCAGCAACAUCAUUUCUUAAAAUUCUUUAUUCAUAAAUCAUCGAAAACUUCAAGUAACAAAUAAUUUUCUUCAGAUUCUGAUUUUUAUAAAUCGUAUAUUAUACUAUUAUACCUUUAUUUUAUUUAAUUUGUAAUUAGAAGUUAUAACAAUCCAUAUUUUCCCCCUCUAAAUUUGGAGGUAAAACCCUUAUUUUCCUCCUGCCUUCCUCUCUAGGAAUACAAAGCUGACAGGAUCGGUAUUGCCCUAAAUGCGUUAUAUAAUCAAAAGUUAUGACCCUUUAUUGGCGUACCGAACAAAAAAAUCGUGACAUCCGCAUAUUAAUUUUGGUUUCGAAACAAGUCUAAUUUAACUGGACUAUAAUUCUACUGGAUUAUAUUAUCACUAUUCAAAUUGUACCAUAACCUACAUGAAAAUUUUUGAGAAUUUUGUUGAUUCUUAUAAAUUUUCCACGAUUUAGAUAAGAUACAUUUCGAGUAUCGCUUUUUGAGAUUUAGAUAAAUUAAAUCUGAUAUUAAAUGAAUAAAGUAAUAAUAUUUAAUACAGAGCGCGGUUUUGAAUUAUUUUGAAAUGGAAGGAUUUUUAAUUUUGAACACCGAUUUUUUAAAAUUAGACACUUUGUCGGACCAAAGAAAUGUGCCGCCAAAAGUUUGUUUCGAGAUAUUUGAAAUUUAAAUAUUUAAUCAAAUCUUGAAAUCAUUUUCACACGCUGUUGAAUAAAUAUAAGUCGAGAAAUGUCAUUUCUCAUUUCGCCCACAGUAUGAAAAUAAUUUUUUAUUUCUCAUUAUUAGAGUUUUAUUCUCAGAAAUUGAUAAAAUUUUUAUAACUCUUUGUAUAUAAACUCCUGGACAAAUAUAAAUACAACUUAGUAUCAAUUUGCAUUGAAAGAAUAAUGAACACCUACAAAUUAGUCGAAUAUGACCUCAACAUAACCUCAAUUCGCCUUAUACCACGUAGGCCCUCCUCUACUUCUUAUGACGGCAUCCAUGCGUCGCAGCAUGCUUGAUAUCAAAGCUCACGGUAUAUUUUCCCAUUCUUCAAUAGCGACCUCGACGAGUUGGUUGUGAUUAGAAACUAUUUAUCCAUAUAUGUUCCAUAUAGAAUUAAUAUCCGGACUGUUAGGUGGCCACUCUAAUAAAGGGAUAUUGAAAUCAUGAAAGUGACCAAGUCUAGCCACGUGGGGACGAGCCGAACAGACGGAGCAAAAGUUAUAUUGGGCAUUCAUAGACAUCGUAUGUAUAGGGAGCAAUUCCUUACAAGCAUCGAAGCAAAUUUCUCCCCAAAACAUUUCAGAGCCACCACCAAAAGGCACUUUAGGAGAGAUAUUAUAGCUGACAAACCUUCGCCAGAGAACAGAACUCGUUUACAAUCAUUGAUGGUCCAAUUCUGAUGUAUUCUUGCAAAAUUUAAUCUCUGAACUUUGUAUUCUCUGGUAUGCAAGGUUUUUUUGGCUGGUUUUCUGUUGCUUAACCCUGCUUCAUGUAAACGUCUUCUAACCGUUCGUUUUUUAGCACGUUGUCUCAAAAAAUGAUCAUCCAUUUGAUUAGUGCAACGUUUUCGCCCUUGUCCUGAUCCUCGAUGGUACGAAUCCGUUUCAUUAUGUCCCCUCAUUAUGCGACUGAUGCUGGAAUUAUGUCCAUCUAACAAACCAGUAACAUAUCGCAUCGAGUAUCCUUCGUUUAGGACCGCCUUCACCAUUUAACAAUUUCUUUGGCGGUUCAUUUUUUUACUUAUAUAGUCCCAAAUGAAUUUCUAAACAAUUAUAAUCAACAGCUUGCUUAUAACAGAAACUUUGCUUUAAUCAGUACUUUUUUAGUUAAUGUUAACACGGUUUUAGUCCAAUACGAGGUUACCUUACAUUUAUCCAGGAGUUUAUUAAUAUAAAGCAUCAGAUCUUUAAUUGUCCACGAAAUACAAUGUUUCGUUAUUAAAAUUAUUAAAAUGAAUUUCUUUUUCUUAGCAACAUUUGCGAUAUCUUCGUGGGUUUCGGUUAGGAUAUAAAUUAUUAAAGAUAUUAGAUACAUUUUUAUUGUUUAUAUCAUUAUAAUAAUAAUUAAUUCAUAUUUUCUCAAGUAAAUAAUAAACAACUGUGUGCAGUUGUAGCUGUAUAUUAACAAACUUCGGCCGUAUUACGAAACCUCUUUACAAACAAAAAUUCAUAAAAAUUUCGCGAACCGUUUCGGAUGUAAUUGUGGCGUUGCAUACUUAAAAUUCACUCUGUAUAUGAAAAUUUCUAGUCUGUCUGCAACUUAAAAAGAUGUUAUGAGUAUGUUAUAUUCAGGCCAGUCCUCUCUUUGUAUACGUACAACCUUUUUUUACUACCCCAACACGUAACUAUACUUAUUUUAACUGAUUUAGCUAAAAAAAUAAUGAAUAGGUUAAUUUCCAUUUUUAUUCAUAUUCAUAUGGGGAAAUUUUCAAGCCGAUAAGUUUAAUUGUACCUUGCAUUAUACGAAAUCUGGUUGACGACAAAGUAAUUUUGGUUUUGGAGUAUAAAAUAGAACUCAAAGGCAUUUUAAGUAUUUUUUAAUUGUUGUGUGUAGCCUCUUCGCAACCUCUCGAACAGUUAUAUAACGAUUCUUUUCAAUUAUGACUUCGAUUUGGUCAACAUCGACUUCAGUAGGUCCACCAGAACGUAGCCUAUAUUUGAGGGAAAAAUCUCCAGAAUCAAUCAGCACCAUAAACUUCACAAAUGUCUUUGUGAGCCACAAUUAAUAACUUUGAUAAAAAUCGCACACUUCUUGAUUCCAAAGUUACGUCAAUGUGAUCAGUAUCACGUGACAAACGAUACAGUUACUAAAAAAAUAACGCAAAGCUCUCCAUCAGUAAAAAGCGAAAGUACUUAGUUGCCGAACUUAUAAUUUCUACAAAUAUCGCAAAAAAAAACCACUUAUUUGAUCCUCAUAGUCCAAAAAAAAAACAACAAACAUAAAAAACAAAACAAGAAUCAUGAAAAAUGCGAAGAAGAUCAAGACGAAACUCAAUUCGGCUUCAGAAAUGACUUGGGAACACAAGAAGCAUUUUUUGCACUGAAUAUAUUACUACAAAUAUGCCGGGACCAAGGGAAAGAUGUACUUGCAAUCUUUAUCGAUUACGAAAAGGUAUUCGAUCGAGUACAACACGACAAGUUAAUAAAUAUAUUGAGAGAAAAGGAGUUGAUAGUUCCGACGUAAGAAUCAUCGGAAAAUUAUAUUGGCACCAAAGAGCGGGUGUUCGUAUCAACAGAGGAGUCAGACUCUCAUACUCUCACCAUCGCUUAGAGGCUUUUGAAAUGUGGUUAUAUGGACGCAAGCUCAAGAUACCGUGGACAGCUACGCAAACAAACAAACGAUUCAGUCCUUAACAGAUCAAACGCGGUUCGUGAGUUGGUAGAUAACAUUAAAUGCAGGAAAAUAGCUUAUUUGGAACAUAUAAUGGUAUAAUGGUACAUGGUAGACAGUUUAAUAUCAUUCGGUUGAUGAUGAUACGUAAAGAUGAAGGUUGUGCAGGAAUUGGAAGGAAACAAGCCUCUUGGUUGAAUAAUAUGGAUUAGGAUAAGAGAUUUAGACUGCAAUGCUGAUCGCCAACGUCAAGUAGACUUGAUACGGCACGCUAAGAAGAAGUCCAAAGGGUGUUUCAGAACUCAAGACUGCUAUUUCAAACGUUUCGAAUUGGAUGAUUGUACGAUAAGAGUAUGUGGACAAAAAUCCGUACAAGCUGUUUAAAUUUAAUUAUUUGCUGAUUACUCUAUGAAAAAAUGGUUACUAUACUAAAAUUACACACAUUUUAUAUAACUGAAUCAGCACCCAGUAAGCUCGCCUUCCUAAUUUUGGUUUUUAAAUGUUGCAUGGAAUAUUCUCAAAAUUCAAUUUCUCAAUUCUUUAUGUGUAGUUGCUUCCCAACAAUCAGGAUAAACAAAACGUUCAAUUGGAUACAGUUGAGGAACAUCUCUAGAUUUCACGAUAAAAGGAAUAUCCAACUCCGCAAAAGCUUCCACAACGUCCUAACCAAGCACAAUCCUUCGGUUUCAUUAUGCAUUAGAUAUAAUCCACUUUUGUUCAUAUAUUUUGGCGGUUACAUAAUAUCCAGAAGGACAAAUGUAUGCUGAAGAAAGACCACGAGAAGAUAUCGCAAACCCUAUCAACACUUUCGAGUUGAACUAUUUGUAUCUUUUGAAAUACACUUCUAAAUUUACUUUCUCUCCUUUUUGACAAUAAUAAAUCUUGUCCAGUUGGCCUCAGUUGAUUAAUCGCCGUUUCACGCCCGUCAAAAGUAAAAUAUGACUCGUCGUCGAUUUCCAAACUUUAGUGAAGAAAAAUUUGUUGUCGCUGAGACUUUUUGAUCCAUUUGUUGCUUCUCAAAAUAUUCGGGUGUCGAUUUUCUUGAUUUUUGAACUACGUUCUAUUCAUUUAGAAGGCUGCUAACAUAUUACGAAUUUUCUGCCCGAUUUUCGCAAACUGACUACCUGUUUGCCGUGACCCGCUUUAACCAAAGCUUCUUUUUUUCUGCCUGAUCCUGACUUUCUUUCAAUCGAAAUACCUGUUUCAACACGCCGACAGAUAUCGUAAAUUGUUUACUAAAAAUUGUAGGCCUUGUUGAUCCUUUCAGCCUGAUCCUGACUUUCCUUCAAUUGAAAUACCCGUCUCUACACGCCGACUGACAUCGUUUGUCUGGCUAGUACCAUUCUGAUCAAGUAAACCAUUUCUUGAUCUUGAUUUUGUUCUUAGAACAGUAUUUCCUCAAUUUCUAUUUCAAUCUCGAUGGAUUAGGAAAAAUUAUAAAACAAUAAUGGUUUUGGGGCAUGGAGGCUUUCCCAAAAUUAGUGAAUCAACUGGGCUUCAAAGCCCCAUGACAAUAUGUGUGUGAAUAUAAAUGAAAAUGGAAUUUUCCUAUUCUAAUCUGUUGUAGUAAAACAAAAUUAUAGAUUUUUACCUGUUGGGGCGAUAAAUGUAUAGUUGUUUAUAUGAAUCAAAUGAAUAAUAAAAUAUUAUGUAAUAGGUAUGUUAAAUGUUUUUCUUGUAUAUAAAAUAUGCAAUAAUUACAAAUUUGUUUUUUGUAAAAAUUAAAGAUUUAUAAUUUGUUCAUUUAUAAUUUUUCAGUAUAUAAUGAAAAUAUACUAUGCCAAAGGAUUAAAAUUUAAAAA